AUGAACGCUUUUCAGACAGAAGUGAAAACAGAUUUGAAGAAUAAUGGGAAAGAAGUUUCUGCUGCACCGAUCUCGCCACCCCUGAAAGCACAACAAAAUGGAAUAACGCAAUCAUCUAUACAACCUUCACCUGGUCUAAAUACAAUGAUGGGUGCACUAACCACUAAAACAGCCACGCAAGGACCAAACCUUGCUGCGCAUGGACGACUACCUAACAUUACAGCACCUGACUCACUUUACGCACCACCAACUGCAAUCCCACAACCUUGUGGUGCAGAAACUAAGCGAUUGACCACUACUAACCUUUCUCCGCCUCCAGCCACCAAACCUCCACUAACCGCUUUAGCCGCACCACCAUCUCAGUAUUCUCGUGCAACACCGCUUGUUGGAGCAGCUGCCAUGAACAACGCUGACAAGUGUCCAGUAAUCUCAACAACGGUUCCACCUCGCACAGCUUCUCCUGGAACACCAGUAACCGGUGCACCUACUGCAACCGCCGUAUAUCCCGUGGCCACCACACAUCCAACCUCUCCUGGACCACCAGUGGCCGGUGCAGUCACACCAACCGUCAAGCAGCCAGUAAUAUCAACAACAAUUCCACCUCGCACAGCUUCUCCUGCACUACCAUUGGCUGGUGCAGCUACUGCAACCGCCAUAUAUCCAGUAACCGCCGCACCGACCCCACCUCCAGCUUCUCCUGGAACACCAGUGACCGGUGCAGUCACACCAGCAGGUAAAGAGGCAGUAAUCUCAACAAUGGCUCCGCCUUGCACAGCUUCUCCUGGACCACCAUUGGCUGGUGUGACUACCAAGCCGGAAGUUGCGAACAAGCGGUCUAAGACCCCAGCAGCAGUGGGAAAAACACAGCAGCCCGAAAAACUCCCACCUCCAGCUUCUCCUGGAACACCAGUGACCGGUGCAGUCACACCAGCAGGUAAAGAGGCAGUAAUCUCAACAAUGGCUCCGCCUUGCACAGCUUCUCCUGGACCACCAUUGGCUGGUGUGACUACCAAGCCGGAAGUUGCGACAAGCGGUCUAACGCUCACCGCGACAGCAGUGAAUCCAACUGUGCUACAAACAGCUCCUGUGGCAAAGGCUGGUCCUGUGACCACCCAAGCGCAAGCUGAUAAGAAGACCCCAGCAGCAGUGGGAAAAACACAGCAGCCCGAAAAAGAUUCCUUGGAAACAGCCAUUGUCUAUAUCGACUAUACCCGAAGCGAUGACAAAUUACAGGAAAGAGCAAAGUACUCGUUUUUGAAUGGCAGGGAUAAAAAAGUUGAGGUUUCACACGCAGUGUUCACACAUCAUCAGGAAGACGAUACUUUAGCGAUGCAUGAUCUAGACUUAUAU